AUGGACGAGGAUGAUGCGACAAAUGACAGCGCGUGGAUACCGACUGGAAGUUUCCCGACGACUCCUACUGCGUCAAGCCUCUCAAAGACACGGCUCCCGAAGAGUCAUACGGGGUGCGUGGUAUCUUUCGCGGGCUUGACACAGCCUGGGCAGUAUCGUGCAGAUGGAAGCUGCGCAUGGAUUGUGUGGCGCCUACCGGAGUGGAAAUUGAUGAUUGCCGCGAACGCUUACCUCGCCGACACGACGAGCCCCCUUGCCCAGAGCGCCGGUAUGACAUACGGCGUGCUGGCGGCUUUACAACUCGGUGCCGACGACUUGGUCGCUGUUAGCAAUUCAAGGCUGGCGUUGUUGCACUCGCUAGGGGCAGCUGACUCCGGGGCGAUGACUCAACCGAGUUACCACGAGGAGGUCAAGGCCCGACUGUGA